AUGUGUCGCAGUCGCCCCUACGCACUGCGACCAGCGGGCUUUGCCGCCAGCAUGUACCAUAACCCCCAGGGGUCGUUGACGCCCCCUCCAGCAAGUGAUGCCACCCCUAGUGGGCAUCGCCUCCACCUCUUGCAGCCAUUGUCGCUGCCUUCGGCAGUGGACUGCUGCCUACGCCAGUGGGCAGCCCCCUCCAGCGGCAUUGUUCAUCAUGCUGGAAAAAGGGCGGUUCGAGUUUUUAGGGGGCCGCCAACCCCCUCGCGUAGGACGCCGACGACGGCCAACUUCCCUCCCUCUCCCUCGUCGCCGACGCUCCUCUUCUCUUCUCCUCAUCUCGACGCCGCUACCGAGCGGCCACUUCGUGUCUUUGCUUCUUCGCCGCCACCACGAUGCAAGGGAGGUACAGCCGCGGCCGUUUCUUCCUCGCCACCGGCGAGCCGUCUCCCUCCCCACUCCUUCUCCUCCCGACAGAUGCCUCCAGCCGACACGCUGCCUCCGGCCCUCUUGACGCCCCCGAAGUUUCUCCAGCAUGCGUCGUCGCAGCAGCCGCCGGUUGCCGCCGCCUCCAUGCGUCGCAGUUGCCUCUACGCACUGCGACCAGCGGGCUUCGCCGCCAGCACGUACCAUAACCCCCAGGGGUCGUUGACGCCCCCUCCAGCAAGUGAUGCCGCCCCUAGUGGGCAUCGCCUCCACCUCUUGCAACCAUUGUCGCUGCCUUCGGCAGUGGACUGCUACCUACAGCAGUGGGCAGCCCCCUCCAGCGGUUGA